AUGCAGUUCUCGAAACCGCACGAGGUCAAAGAGACCCUCGAUGCCUCUGUUACCCAAAACGAGGAUGGCUCAAGACAGCUGAAAAAUUACAGCCUCAUAAAGGUGAUAGGCAAAGGUGCCUUUGGGAAGGUCCACCUGGCCAUUGACCCGGAGACCAAGGUCCAUUAUGCUGCUAAAGAGUUCAGCAAAUCCAAAUUAAGAAAAAAGGAUAAGGCCAAUUUGUUCAAUCUCGGCCCUCGUGGACGAGGUCGUGGUGGUCGAAGAAGAGGCCCAGGAGCAGAUGACGCCCCUGGUUUGAGUGCGGGGUCGCCUUUGGACCUGAUCCGUGGCGAAGUCGCCAUUCUCAAGAAAUUAAACCACCCUAACAUUGUCCGGCUUUACGAGGUGCUCGAUGUAGCGACGGAUGACUCCAUGUACAUGAUUUUUGAAUAUUGCGAGCAAGGAGCUCUCAUGGAGGUUUCUCUGACUGAGGAGUACAAGGCCGCCUAUGGGGAUGCAGAGUGUCGCAGCGUCUUCCGACAGAUCAUCCUUGGAAUCGAAUAUCUCCAUGAGCACGGCAUCAUCCAUCGCGACAUCAAGCCCGAUAAUUUGCUGCGAUCCCACGGUGUUGUCAAAAUUGUCGACUUCGGUGUGUCAGAGAUGUUCGACAAGAAGGGUGACGACAUGACCAAGAAAUCCGCUGGCAGCCCUGCGUUCAUGGCGCCCGAACUCUGUCGUCCUGAUCAUGGCGAGGUUUCUGGAAGGGCGACGGAUAUCUGGUCGAUGGGCAUUACGCUUUACUGUUUGAGGUACGGUCGUUUGCCCUACGUCUCCGAAUCGAUCCUGGAAAUGCAGCGUGUGAUCCGGGAGGAAGAUUUUGAGAUUCCUGAGGAGAAGGACCCACGGUUUGAGAGCCUGAUCAGGAAGUUACUGGAGAAGGAUCCAAACAAGCGUAUCACCAUUGACGAACUGAGGAAUGAUCCUUGGGUAACUGAUGAUGACAAGUGGCCAUUGAUGAGCAAGGAAGAGAACACGGCUACUGCCGUAACAAACAUUACCGAAGCCGAGCUCAAGGGCGCCAUUCGAAAGAUCAACAGCCUAGCAGCAGUGGUAUGUCCCUACGCUCCCCCAAGUACCCUGGUGUUGGAUCAUCUAUGCACUUUCAGGCUAGAACGACUACUUACGGCGAUUCUUUUCUUGUGUUCAAUGAUGCUUCAUAGUUCAAAUUUAUCUCGAACCUAA